AUGGCAAUCGACUUCUCUGCGAGCUGGAUUCAGGAGAAUCCAGCCUAUCAACAGUUUGUGAAAGUUGAAGUAACGUACCAAAAGUUCUUGGAUCAAGCUGUGCCACAUACAACCAAUAGAUGGAUAGGAACAGCCAUUUUGCUUUCGUUGUUCUUGUUGCGGAUAUUUGUUUCUCAAGGAUGGUAUAUCAUUUGCUAUGCUUUAGGUAUUUAUCUUUUGAACUUGUUUUUGGCGUUUUUGACUCCGAAAUUUGAUCCUUCUUUAGAGCAAGAGCUUAGAAAUGAGUCCAUCGAAGAAGGAGUUAUAGAAGACGAACCUACCCAAGAGGAUGAAGAGUUCAGACCUUUUAUAAGAAGAUUACCAGAGUUUAAGUUUUGGUAUAACGGUACAAGAGCUACAGUUCUUGCUUUGUUUCUUUCCUUUUGGAGUAUAUUCGAUAUUCCCGUAUUCUGGCCCAUUUUGUUGAUGUAUUUCAUUAUUUUAUUCACAUUGACAAUGAGAAAACAAAUUCAGCAUAUGAUCAAGUACAAGUAUUUGCCUUUCGAUUUUGGCAAGACUCGAUACAGAAGAAAUUGA